GGAUCGUCGACUUGUUUACCGUUACCUUAUGUGAAGUGGGGCGUAAGUCUAUACAAACAGCUCACAUCGCUGCUAUUCCUCUUUCUACAAAAUACUCGCUGUAAUUUGAAGUAUUCGUAUAUCUCGCGCGUUCGUAUAUCAGUGUGUGCUAUUACAAUAAAAUGGCCUUUUGAGCGUUUUUAGAAAUGUCCCCUUUCAGUUUGAUGAUAUUCUUGAUUGUAAAAUUAGCAUUGGAUGCAGCUUGGAGCGCUCAACGUUACUGAAUUUCGCUAAAUUCCGCAUGCAUUGCACCGAACGAGAAAUACUGUUAAGUAGAAGACCAGUGCAAUCUAUGACAUAUGAAUUUAUUUUAACGUCCAUUUAUCAUAAAGAUUUUUUUGCAGUUAAAUUUUGUUACAUACCUCGUCUAGUAAUAUGUUAAAAGUGUCGACUAUUCUAUUGGCUUGUUCCUGUUUUAUGUUGGCUGCAUCGGUGUUUGUUGCAGCAAUUGCUUUAGUUUUUCAUCCGAGUAAAUCAGAGGCUGCGAAGAUACUUGAAGAGUUGAAACCUCAGAUUCAAUGUGCCCUUUGCAAAGCUGGACUCGAGAAGAACGGAUGUGAAGCAACAUGUAUGCCGAGAUCGGAAAACAACUAUGCUAACACGGAGGAUUGCAAAUUGACAGAAAAAAGAAAAGAAUACUUAUCCGCGAUAAUUGAUAAAAAGAUUAAAUCAGGACCUUCUUACCAAGCUCAUAUGGAUACACUAAAAAGUGCCAUGAACAUGGAGGACAGUAAUUCGGUGUUAAAUCGAAUACAGAUACUCAACUUAAAUGUUCCGAGACCAUCUGCACAUUGGUACCUUGAUGAAAAGAGUGAAAGGCCCGCUUUCGCCAAUAAAAGAGAUAAUCCAGAUAUGAGGAAUGUAUCAUGGAUUUGGGAAACUGGCAACGAAAUUGCUCAUUCUCAGAAUGGAAUCCAGCACGUAGACGGUCACAUGAACUUCACAAUACCCGGGUGGUAUCACAUAUAUUUCCAGAUCCACUUCAGGUCGAACAUUUCCAUUAAAAGCAGCUAUAAGGCUCAUCUUCUGAAAGCUAGUGGCAAGCGUGAAGAUGAAACGAAAGAUGUUUUGGAAAUGGAAGAAAGCGUAGUCUGUUCUCACAACCAUCGAAAUUCAACAAGUAGAAAAAAAUUAGAGAAAAUGCAUCCACAUCUUCAAAACCAUUCCUGUGUUGUAUUAAAAGGUUCGAAAAUGUUCGAAAUUGAAAAACCUACGCUCGUAAGAAUGGAAAUAAAAAUGCCCGAAGAAGCCUCUAUUGACACACUUAUGAGUAGAUCAUAUUUGGGAGCAAUGUAUCUUCGACCAACGAAGACAAUGUAAAAAUGUUAAGACAAAGAAGAGAAAACUGUCCAAGUUGUGCGAUAAAUAAAAAGUAGUUUAUUUUUUUUAAUAAAUCUUGAAUAAAUGUUUGAUCUGG